AAAAAAAAAAAAUCGUUGCGACAAACGCUAUAAAUAAGGGAACGCGAUCUUGGACCGAACCUGGAAAGAUAGUGACAACCACCAAGACAGGCGGAACAUCAGAACCGCAGAAACAACUUCCAUCUCGGAAAAAGAAAUUUCAGCGGAGAACAAAAGAUAAAAACAAAAGAAAAUUGGAGAUGAAUGAAAACGCAGAUGCUAACUUUAUUCGACCAACUCACUUUUUAGCGGUUCAAAUAACCGAUCCGAUCAUCAAAGGUAAAAUGAAAGAGGUUCAAGAUUGCAUUGUGGCAAAGGAGAGUAUAUUGGAAAAUGUUGUAGUUGGUGUUGAUCUUGCUCACAUUACUCUUUGUCUAUUGUCUCUCCCGAAUGAAAGCACUGUGAAUGAAGCAAAUAAAAUACUGCAAAGAUGUAGAGAUGACUUGAUGUCAAUAUUAGAUGGUGAGCCUAUGAAUCUCCAUAUUUCUGGCAUUGGACAUUUUGAUAAAAGAGUGGUAUUUGCUAAAGUUGUUCCUGGUGACAAUGAAGAAAAGCUGAAACUGUUUUCAGAACAUUUCGACAAGGAAUUUGCAUUGUUGAAGAGUACAAAUCCGUUUGAAUACACUCCACAUGUUACUUUAAUGAAACUUUCCAAAUUGAGAAGUUUUGCAAUGAAGAAAAAGAUCAGGCAAAUCAGCCCAAAGCAUUUUGAAGACAUUGAAGAUAUGGACUUUGGUCAUCAGAAUGUUAAAACGGUGCAAUUACUUGCCAUGUCAAGGAAGAAAGCAACGGAAUAUUAUUUUUGUGAGAGCGAUAUAUCAGUAGACAUUGAAGAAUCUAAUGUUGAAACUACUGAAGCUGAAUAUGCAGAAGAAUGAACAGCAAGUAUUUGCACAAAUCUUACAGCUGAAACUAAAUUUAUAUUGUAUGAAACCCCAAGAACUUGUAUAAAUGUGCCAAACAAUUAAUAUAAAAAAUAUAUAUGUUUAUUCACUUCAACUGUAGUGUUCUUCUUUUAAUUAACUUUGUGUGUUCGGGAAAUUGAAUAUAAUGAAUGUAAGUAGUUAUGUAGAAAUCAUUAUUUUAUUGCAAUUUGGAAUCCCUUUGAUUUUGAUAUUCUCAAAUUAAAUCAGUAUUUCCUAUUUUUCUCUAUCUUCAACCAUUGUUUUUAUUUAUUACUUUCCAAUUGGUGUCAUAUUGAUUCUCCAGCUAUAGUGUAUAAUCAAUAGUUAAAAAUGGUUUUCUGUUCAAUGGUGCAAAUUUUUGUUUUUUAAAAAGCAUGGAUCUAUAUUUUUAUGCUCAUUUGUAUAUAAUGGUUGGCUAUAAUGGUUGGCCAGAAUGCAGAAGGAUUGGCUGUGUGAAUCUGGUCUACAGGAGCCCAUAUCCAGCUAGUACUUCUGGAAUCCUGUUUUUUCAAUUUCGGUAUUAUUAGAAAAGCGAUAAAAUCUUGCAAAAGAGUACAUUUCACAGAUAGACAGCCAUGUUUUGUCUCAGUAUUUGGAUAUCAUUUAAUUAAUGUUUACACAUACCUAAUAAUAUACUUGGAAUGUGAUAAGAGUAUAGUGUAUUGAUAAUCGCAUUUGCGAAAAAUUUGCCUUGAUGUAGGCUUCUGUUUUUUAUUGUGAAACAUUUUCAUCAUUUAUAAUUUUCAUGAAAAUUUGAUUUAAACUUGUGCAAGUUUCUAUGAAUUUUGUCAUUGACUAUUGCAUGUUCGUUGAUAUUUAUGUUUUUCUUGUGAUUUGUGUGCAUUAUUACAG